UUGGUAGGUGCGACAUUUUGUGUCGCGUUUAUGUUGUGUCACCAUACUGAUAUCAGAUGCUCGCCACGAACGUUAUUUUUUCAAGCGUUACGUUAGCGCACCAGAAUUCACAUAGUUUGGACGAUGAAUGUGUCAAUGUUUGCCACAGCGUACUCGGCAGUAUUUUGGACGUCUUUUCUUACAGUUAGUCCAUUACUAGUUGUAGGAAAAAAUAUACCCUCUUUCGCCGGUCCUUACAUGGUCGUACUAAUAAGCGCUUAUGACUGCCCGGAUAACUUGGACUACUUCGACAGCGUAAAUAUGCGCUUCAGCCAUUUUAAUCCUGCGGCACCAUAUCAGAAGCAACGAGCCUAUGGCAACAGCACGUUCAAAACAGAUUACGACGACAGACGAUGGGGAAGUGUGAUUGCAGAUAUUCGCUCUAACAAUCAGUGGAAGUUAAAUGCCUUUCAUUUUAACAAAACUAAGAAUAACUGCUCUGAUUGCCGAAAAGAUUCGCCUCAAUGGUUCCGUGCUAUGUACAACCAAGACCCAAACGCCCCAGGUCCAUGCCUAGUUAAAAAAGGGUUGUACAUCAUGAAUGGCACAGCGGUCGAUCAUUUUAACGCCCCAAGAAUUCCUGUUCUGCCAUAUGGCCACUACCGCCUACGGGCGAUAAAUGGCAUACAAAACCGUAUGCUCGGCUGCAUGAUGAGUGAAAUAAAAGUCAUACCCAAGUUGGUCUGACCCAUUAAAGUAAUAUUAAACGAAGCAAUUUCAAUGACCGCACGUAAACGUGGAAGUACCGCUUCCAUUGAUUUAAAGUUUUCAGUAUGAUGGUGAUGGUGUUAUCAUUAAUUUCGACCAGGUUCUGCUAGCGAAAUGGCAGUGUGGGCCAGUGCGGGCGCUUUUCUAGCGACCUUUUCGCUCUUCAUCCAUGAAUGCCACACCGAACUUUCUUACGCAAUUGCUCUUCUGAAAAACUUUCGUUAAUGAGUCAUGAUCAUGGCCAGUUGAAGAAAAUCAGAAUUAAAUUAAUUAAAAGGGUGCGAUACCGCGAUCUGCCUCUGGAGCAUCAGCAGUCGUUUACAAGUGUGCUUCAUCAUUUUGUAAAACGGGUGUUAGUACUUUCAUAAUUCUAAAAUUUUCAUUAAAUUCUCCCUGUUAGG